UCAGCUUCCUUGUCAGAAUCUCACCAUGUGAGUUCAAUACGAGGCUUCAGAAAGGGCACAGAUAAGGCACUAGGCAUAGAAUCUACCACAGAGUAAUCACUAAAUAGUGGCAAGGUGUGCAUAGUAUCAAGGUGAAUGGGUCCCAGCUUCUUAGGUCCUGCCCAACCCUCCUCUUUCCCUCUGACUCUGGCCCACAGUGAACAAGUUUAAGAUAGAGCUGGAGAAAAAGUGCUGUGAGGCUGGGCUCCAGGAGAGCCCAGUGGGGCUGUCCUGUGAGGAGAGGACCUGGCAUGUCCGCCAUGGUCCAGCCUGUGUGGCUGCUUUCCUGGACUGCUGCCAUCUGUCUGAGACCCUGACUCGGGAGGCUCGAGAGGAUCAACUGCGUCUGGGGACAAGUGAGGGGACCACGGCAGGAGAUGCAGGGUGGGGGGCUUCAUGGAGGGAUAUAGAGUGACAUGGGACAGGUUAAGGGGUGAUAUGGGCCAUGGAGGGUUGGAGAGGAGGACUCCACAAGGAGUCUGGUGGAACAAGGAAGAAACAUGAAGGAGACUCCACCUCACACCUGCUCCCUCCAGCGGAUGAAGAGGCGGACUUCGAUGACCUCUUCUUGGAUGACAUGCCUGUACGGACCUUGUUCCCCGAGAGUUGGCUGUGAAGGAAGUUCACUCUGCCAAAGAGUGAAUCGGGCAUCUCCCAUUACCCCAUCUCUGUGACGGUGCCAGAUUCCAUCACCACGUGGCAGUUUGUGGCGGUCAGCCUCAAGGCUGGACAAGGUCUCUGUGUCUCGGACCCCUUUGAGCUGACAGUUAUGAAAUCGUUCUUUGUGGACCUUAAGUUGCCCUCCUCCGUGAUCAGGAAUGAGCAGGUCCAGAUCCAAGCCGUGUUGUACAAUUUCAGGGAUCGCCAGGCCAAGGUCCGAGUGGAGUUCCCCCACAAGGAGACGCUGUGCAGUGCGUCAAAGCCAGGAGCACCAUCCCACCAGGCAGGGGGUCAGAUCCAGCAAACGUCCUAUAGCAUCGUCCUGGAACCCCAAGGUCAGACCCAGACAAAACUGGUGCCAAGACAGGAGUUCUUGAACAUGGUACCCGACACGGAGGCAGAAGUGUUUAUCAGCGUUCAAGGCUACACUCGGAUGCUGACCCACCAGAGUGCAGAUGGCACCUACCACACCUUCAAGGGGAACCCAGGAAGCACUUGGCUCACAAGCUAUGUGUUCCAUGUCUUUGCCCUGGACUACUCUAUGAUGAGGACCCAAGUACUUAGCCUGUCCUCUCUCUGUGACAUGGCCAACUGGAUAAUCAUCGACAGGCAGGCAGAGGAUGGGCACUUCCUGGAGAAGGGCCCUGUGGUCAUGACAUCCAUGCAGGGUGGCUACCAACGCUCCAAGGAGGAUGUAUCCCUCACAGCUCUUGUCCUGAUAGCCCUGAAUGAGGGAAAGGAGUUGUGCAGACAGAAGAAUUUGAUGGCCAGCAUUGAGAGAGCCCGUGGCUUCCUGGAGAGAAAACUUCCUGACAUUCAGACAACCUUUGCCGUAGCCAUAGCCUCCUAUGCACUGGCCCUUGCCAACAGCUCCCAAGCCAACGACCGCCUAGACAGCUUUGCCAGCCCUAGUGGGUGUGGGAUGCUUCUUAAUCAACCUCAGUCAUGGAGUGGGGAGGGGGUGAUCUCAAAUCCAGCAAUGUGUCAUUCAUCACUUAGUGUUUCCUGA